AUGGUAAUAGCUUCUGGUGUAGGAAACCAGACCCAACUGUUGCCCCAGUGCAAUGACUCCUGGUCUGACCCAGCAGGCUCUACAGCCUCAGAGGGCCACACUGCCAACUGCUCAGACAGCAGACAGCUCUGCCUGGUGGACGGGGGCAGUAGCUGUGCAGGGAGAGUGGAGAUCCUGCAGCAGGGCUCCUGGGGCUCCAUCUGUGAUGACAGCUGGGACCUGAGUGAUGCCCAUGUGGUGUGCAGACAGCUGGGCUGUGGAGUAGUCCUGGAGGCCACCAUCUCUGCUCACUUUGGAGAGGGAUCAGGACCCAUCUGGCUGGAUGAGGUGAACUGCACAGGAGAGGAGGUCCAUGUGUGGCAGUGCCCUUCCCAGGGCUGGGGGCACAACAACUGCAGUCACAAGGAGGAUACAGGGGUCAUCUGCUCAGAGUUUCUGGCCCUCAGGUUGGUGAGCGAGGACCAGGAGUGUGCCGGGUGGCUGGAGGUUUUCUACAACCAGACCUGGGGCAGUGUCUGCCACAAUCCCAUGGAUGCUAUGACCUUGUCCAUUAUUUGCAGACAGAUUGGCUGUGGGAACACUGGGACUCUGGAUUUCUUGAUUCCUUCCAGAGAAGAGAGCCCACAGCUCCGCCUGGUGGAUGGUGGCAGUCGGUGUGCAGGCAGAGUGGAGAUCCUUCACCAGCAUUCCUGGGGCACUGUCUGUCAUAACGACUGGGGCUUCAAAGAUGCAGAUGUGGUGUGCAGACAAAUGGGCUGUGGAAUGGCCUUCAAUGCCUUGCUCUAUGCACAAUUUGGAGAGGGAUCUGGGCCCAUCUGGUUGACAGACCUGGCAUGCACAGGAGAGGAGGAUUACCUGUGGAAGUGUCCUAUCCUGAGCCAGGGAGAGAACAACUGCAGGCACUCUAAAGAUGCAGGAGUCAUCUGUUCAGGAUUUGUGCAUCUGAUUGGAGGACAUGGACCUUGCUCGGGACGAGUGGAAGUGAAUUCUGGAGGAGAGUGGAUUCCAGUAUCUGAUGGGAAUUUCACAUUACCCACAGCCCAGGUCAUCUGUGCAGAGCUGGGGUGUGGCAAGGCUACAUUUGUCCUGGGGAACCUGCCCUUCAGAGAGCCUGGUGAACAGGUCUGGGCUGAAGAGUUCCAGUGUACGGGACAGGAACCUGGGCUCUGGUUUUGCCCCAGAGUGCCCUGUCCUGGAGGCAGCUGCCUACACAGAGGGGCUGUGCAAGUUGUCUGCUCAGGAUAUACAGAUGUUUGGCUCAUGAAAAAUGGGAGCUCUCAGUGUGAGGGUCAAGUGGAGAUGAAGACCUCUGGAGGCUGGAGAACACUCUGUGCCUCCAACUGGAAUAUGGCCAAUGCCAAUGUUGUUUGCCGCCAGCUGGGCUGUGGAGUCGCCAUCUCCACCCCAAAGGGAGCAUACUUUGUGGAAGGAGGAGAUGAGAUCUGGAGAGACCAAUUCCACUGCUCAGGGUCUGAGUCCUUCCUGUGGAAUUGCCCUGUGACUGCCCUGGGUGUUCCUGCCUGUGCCCAUGGAAACACAGCCUCUGUGGUCUGUUCAGGAAACCAGACCCAGCUGCUGACCCAGUGUAAGAACUCCUGGUCAGACCCAGCAGACUCUGCAGCCUCAGAGGACCACACUGCCAACUGCUCACAGUUCCUGGACCUCAGGCUGGUGAGCGAGGACCAGGAGUGUGCUGGGUGGCUGGAGGUUUUCUACAACGACACCUGGGGCAGCAUCUGCAACAGCCCUAUGGAACCCAUGACUUUGUCCAUGAUCUGCAGACAGCUUGGCUGUGGGGACACUGGGACCCUAGAUUUCUUGGUUCCUCCCAGGGAAGGUUCUAGACCCCGCUGGGUGGAUAAAAUCCGCUGUCGGGAAACUGAUACCUCUCUCUGGCAGUGUCCUUCUGACCCCUGGAAACACCAAUCUUGCUCUGCAAAGGAGGAAGCUCAUAUCACAUGUACAGGUGACCUACUGUCUAUUUCUUUACUUGAAAAUUUGCCCUAUGAGGUGACACCAUUUACCACUUCUGUUGUUGUCACUCUCCAGUUUAACCACUCCCCUCAUCCAGAAAGGCUGAAGUACCAGGCUCGCCAGGCUCCUCUGUCUCCUGUUCCUGGUGCUCCAGUAUCCUUGAACACAACUGAGAUAACAUCCUGGACUCUCUAUUCCCGACUUUCUCCCUUUGAGGCACUCUACUCCCUCCCACCCCAUCUCUGUGUAUGGUCACACUAUUGA